CAUUGAACCUACAAAACUUAUUUUUCACCGCCCAGUCAUUCGAACCCACACACACUUCCUUUUCCCCUCCAACACAAAAUGAGUGAAGUUGAAAACAGUGGUGAGCAACGCUUUUCAGAUGACAGAGCACGAAGCCCGCGCAGCCGCUCUCGGUCGCGGUCCCCUGUGCGUCAUACCGAAAGCCGAUACCGUAGUCGUUCACGAUCCAGAGAACCUUCGCGCAGCAGUGAGGACCUAAAUCCUGGUGACAAUCUUUUCAUCACUGGUCUCACAUUGAGAACAAACAGUGCCGAUCUUGAGGAACUCUUUAGCAAGUACGGCAAGAUCCAAAAAGCUGAAGUGAUGUAUGAUCCUCACUCCCGCGAGUCGCGUGGCUUUGGCUUUAUCCGCAUGGCUUCAUCCGAUGAUGCAGAUAGAGCGAUCAGCAGUAUCAAUGGCACUGAACUCGACGGUCGUCUUGUCACUGUUGAAAAGGCCAGACGAUCGCGACCGCGUACACCCACUCCUGGUCGUUACUACGGUCCUCCUAAACGCGGUGGUGGCGGACGUAAGUAUUGGAAAAAGUUUUUUUUAUUAAGGGAUAUGUCCGUCCUGUGUUAGACGCUAUCAGACAACAGCUGUGAUUGCUCAUGGUUCGUCGCUGUAUCGCCUCGAAUUCA